AUUUUCCUUAAUCCUCUGAAAUUUGCCAACGCUGCACCAUGCAACUUAUUCUGUUCUUGAAAUUCUCCCCCAAAAUCCAGAGUUUAGGCGUGCUUAACCCUUACAUCCUUAAACGACACUCGUCCUCGAAAAGAUGGCAGGCCCGUCAGCUGAAGGAUCACUUCACAAGGGCGGCAGCAGUGCAGGGUUUAAAAAGCCGCGCAGCUUUCAAGCUUCUUCAAAUAGAUGAGAAAUAUCACAUUUUUGAGAGCGGACAAACCGUUGUUGACCUAGGUUAUGCUCCAGGUUCCUGGUCUCAAGUAGCAGUGGCUCGAACGCAACCCCAUGGUCGGGUCCUGGGGGUCGACAUUAUCCCAGCCCAGCCCCCCAAAGGAGUAUCGACGAUCCAAGGCAACUUUCUCGACCCCCAUAUCCAGGCAUAUGUCCGAGAAUUUGUGCGCGAUGCCAAUAGAGGCAGGCCACGCUCUCCAAAUGCAUUUUCCACCCCCGAUUUCUCUGGACAAGAACUCGAAUCGGCUGUAAGCGCGAAUUCUGAUAAGCAAGCAGAUUCCGAUGGACGGAAUCACAAGCACUCAAUGACGGUAGAUGUUGUUCUCAGCGAUAUGUCUGCUCCCUGGUUUCAAACAACUGGGUUUGGGAAGAGAAGUCUAAGUGAUCCCUACAACAGGAUGAUGAACACAAGCGGCAUUGGAUUCAAGGACCAUGCAGGUAGUAUGGACCUCUGUCAUGCAGCUCUGCAUUUUAGCCAAGAAGUCCUCCGAAUCGGGGGUCAUUUCGUCUGCAAGUUUUAUCAAGGAGCCGAAGACAAGGCCCUGGAGAAACAGCUAAGGGGGCUAUUUCAAAGGGUCCAUAGACUUAAACCGGGAUCUUCACGAAAUGAGUCCAAAGAAUCCUUCUUCAUUGGUCUCGAUCGGAAAUAGCAGUGUACAAAAGGAAAAGUCCUGACAUUCAAGAAUCAUAAUAUGCAUCAACCGGCUUUCUUCACAUCAAACCGAGCCUGGUUCUAUCUCCUCUCCUGAAUCGGUAUCCUCAUCCCAUUCAACGUCCGCAAGCGAUGCCUCUGCUACUGCUUGUACCUGAGAAAAAGUCAGAUCACCGGGCUAAAGCGUAAAGAAAUGGAGAAAUGGGGGGUGGUAGAAGACGCGGGCGUUCGUAUAUCGUGAGACUAGGGGGAAAGGGCAAGGGGGGACAACCGAACCUCCUUGAGACCGCUCAGUUCUUCAACAUAUCCAGGCUCAUUCAGAGCCCUCAGAACGAACUUCCAACCAUCUUCUUUGUAAGUAAGGGUGAUACUGUCCGAACAGGCGCUACAAUACUUGUAGCUUCUG